GAUAGCGAAAGACGGUAGUGGCGGAGAAGCGUUUGUCGUAUACGUAUAUGUAAGCGAGGGUAUAUCGUAUAUCGAGUGACGGCACGCCGAAACCUUGUCCGCACGGACUAAGUGAGCGUCGCCGCGACGGCGUUGAUGCUACAUCGUCCGGCCAGUGUUUCCUCGCGCUUGAGAAAACGGGAGUGAAGUGAAAGGGAGAAAAGUGUAGGAAAAACGAAUCGCGUCGCCGUCGCCGUGCUCAUUGUCGUCCUCGAGCGGGAUCACGAAUACCGCGCGUAGCGGCGGGCUUUGGCGAUCGUCGUCGUGAUUUUUCUAUCUUGACGUCGGAGCCGGGGAGCGUGUUUAUUGCGGAAUGGCGUCAGACGAGGAGGUGGACGAGAACUAUGCAGGAGAGGAUGACAUGGAUGAGACUGGGGGACAGGUAUCAAAUGUUGGUCAGCCAGUAGAUGGCUCAUCAGAUGCUGAAGAAUCUCAGAGAUUGGAAGAGGACGAUGAUUAUGAACCAGAAGAGCGGAAAAAGAAGAAAGGAAAGAAGCGAAAAGCACGUAGUGAGGAUAAGAAAGGAAAGAAAAAGAAGAAAAAGAAAAAAUCCGAUUCUGGGGAUGAAAGCGACUUUGGUGGCGGUGAAGCAGCAGCAGGUGACGCGGCUGGUGAGGACAGUGACUAUGCGGUCAAUAGGAAGAGCAGGAAGUCAUCCUCCAGAAAAUCCUCCAGUCACAAUGCACCACCGACCACUCAGAGCCAAGAGCCUACGACAGGCAUGCCCACAAUCGAAGAAGUGUGCAACACAUUCGGCUUAACGGACGUACAAAUUGAAUAUUCUGACGCCGAUUUCCAAAACUUAACGACGUACAAACUAUUUCAACAACACGUCAGACCGCUCUUGGCAAAAGAAAAUCCAAAAGUUCCAAUGUCGAAGCUUAUGAUGUUGGUGGCAGCCAAGUGGCGCGAUUUCUCCGAAUUAAAUCCACACACGCAACCGGAUGCGGAUGUCUCAUCCACCAACGUGGAUGAUGAUAACAGAAACGCCCGAGCAAAUCGAAGUGGUGCUAUACAAGAACCUGAGGAUGAAGAGGAAGAUGACGAAGACAGUGAUCGGAAGAAGAAAUCGCGAGGUUCAAGAGCGAAGAAAGGGAAAAAGGCGUCGAAAGUACCGACGCUUAAGAUUAAGCUUGGGAAACGCAAGCGGGGAAGCUCAGACGAGGAGGCGGAGGGUAGCGCCGCGGGCUCUGCGGCCGAUUCCGACAUGGAAUUCGAGCAAAUGUUGGCCGAUGCGGAGGAGACUCCCGGUGUCGAUGGUAACAAGGGUAACGUCGAGGAGGCUGGUGUCGAACCACCGGCCGAGCCGCCAGUUCGUAGAAAGGCGAAGACAAAAAUCGGCAACAAGACCAAGAAAAAGAAGAAGACAAAGACUACUUCUAAGUUUCCGGAUGGAGAGGAAGGUCUCCAGACUGACCAUCAGGAUUACUGCGAAGUGUGUCAGCAAGGUGGAGAGAUCAUAUUGUGCGAUACGUGUCCUAGAGCGUAUCAUUUAGUGUGCCUGGAGCCUGAAUUGGAAGAAACGCCCGAAGGAAAAUGGAGUUGUGCCCAUUGCGAAGGAGAAGGUAUUGCAGGAGCAGCAGAGGAUGACGACGAACAUAUGGAAUUCUGCAGAGUGUGCAAGGAUGGCGGAGAAUUGUUGUGUUGCGACAGUUGCACGAGUGCGUAUCACACGCAUUGCUUGAAUCCUCCAUUAUCGGAGAUUCCCGAUGGCGAUUGGAAAUGCCCGCGAUGUUCUUGUCCGCCUUUGAGAGGGAGAGUGGCAAAGAUAUUAACGUGGAGAUGGAAAGAAUGUUCCGACACACCGUCGGAAGAGCCUUCUACAAGCAAGGCUGCACCUAAGCAGAGAAAAAUACGCGAGUUCUUCGUGAAGUGGGCAGAUAUGUCCUACUGGCACUGUGACUGGAUCACAGAAUUACAACUUGACGUAUUCCACCCACUCAUGUUUAGGAAUUAUUAUCGUAAAUAUGACAUGGACGAUCCACCAAAAUUGGAGGAACCGUUGGACGAGAGCGAUACUCGUGUAAAGCGUUUGAAGGAGCAGCCCGGUGCCACCAACAGGGAUGAGUACAACUUGGAAGAACGUUUCUAUCGUUACGGCGUUCGUCCGGAAUGGCUGGUGGUUCACAGAGUGAUCAAUCAUCGAUUGCAAAGAGACGGCAGAGCCACGUAUCUCGUCAAGUGGCGGGAACUCGGCUACGAUCAGGCAACAUGGGAGGACGAGCACGCGGACAUCCCCGGCUUGAAGCAGGCCAUAGAAUAUUAUUUAGAUUUGAGAGCCGCUAACUGUUGCGACGGUACUACGUCACGUAAAGGCAAAAAGGGUAAAGGGAAGAAAUCGAAAACGCGCGAGCUCAUCGACGAUGAAGAAAGGACUCCAAAGCGGUACACGCCACCGCCAGACAAACCUACGACAGAUCUCAAGAAGAAGUACGAAAGGCAACCAGAUUACUUGGAUCAAACUGGAAUGCAGUUACAUCCUUAUCAAUUGGAGGGUUUAAACUGGUUGAGAUAUUCAUGGGGCCAAGGCAUAGACACGAUUCUGGCCGACGAAAUGGGUUUGGGAAAAACUAUUCAAACUAUCACAUUCUUAUAUUCCUUGUACAAGGAAGGCCACUGUAAAGGGCCUUUCCUGGUUUCCGUUCCCUUGUCAACUAUUAUUAACUGGGAGCGUGAAUUUGAAACUUGGGCGCCUGACUUCUAUUGUGUUACUUAUGUGGGCGACAAAGACAGUCGUAUUGUGAUUCGUGAAAACGAAUUGUCGUUCGAGGAAGGUGCUGUACGUAGCGGACGCGCCUCCAAAAUUCGUUCGUCUUCAAUUAAGUUUAACGUUUUGCUUACGAGUUACGAGCUUAUAUCCAUCGAUUCGGCAUGCCUAGGCUCCAUCGAUUGGGCUGUUUUAGUUGUAGAUGAAGCUCACAGAUUGAAAUCCAAUCAGUCCAAGUUCUUCAGAUUAUUAGCUUCUUACAAUAUCGCGUAUAAACUUUUACUGACUGGCACGCCACUGCAGAAUAAUUUGGAGGAACUGUUCCACUUAUUGAAUUUCUUAUGCCGCGAUAAAUUCAACGAUUUGGCAGCGUUCCAAAAUGAAUUCGCUGAUAUCUCAAAGGAAGAGCAGGUUAAAAAACUGCACGAAAUGCUUGGACCGCAUAUGUUGAGGAGAUUGAAAGCUGAUGUAUUGAAGAAUAUGCCUAGCAAAUCUGAAUUUAUCGUACGCGUCGAAUUAUCACCAAUGCAGAAGAAGUAUUACAAAUAUAUAUUAACGAGGAACUUCGAAGCCUUGAAUCCGAAGGGAGGCGGCCAGCAAGUGUCGCUGUUAAAUAUAAUGAUGGAUCUCAAGAAAUGCUGCAAUCAUCCAUAUUUGUUUCCUGCCGCGUCACAAGAAGCACCAACCGGACCAAAUGGAAGUUACGAGACUUCAGCGUUGAUUAAAGCGGCUGGCAAAUUGGUUCUGUUGAGCAAGAUGCUUAAGAAGCUGCGAGACGACGGACAUCGAGUUCUUAUAUUUUCUCAGAUGACCAAGAUGUUGGAUAUUCUUGAAGAUUAUUUGGAGGGCGAGGGAUACAAGUAUGAGAGAAUAGACGGCAAUAUAACCGGCGCGCAACGUCAAGAGGCCAUCGACAGAUUUAACGCUCCCGGCGCACAACAGUUUGUCUUUCUGCUUUCUACGCGUGCUGGUGGUCUCGGCAUCAAUUUAGCAACGGCGGACACGGUGAUUAUUUACGACUCCGAUUGGAAUCCGCACAACGACAUCCAAGCGUUCAGCAGAGCUCACAGGAUAGGCCAGGCUAACAAAGUUAUGAUCUAUAGAUUUGUCACGCGUAACUCCGUGGAAGAAAGAGUAACGCAGGUGGCCAAGCGCAAGAUGAUGCUCACUCAUUUAGUCGUGCGACCAGGCAUGGGCGGUAAAGGUGCUAACUUUAGUAAACAGGAGCUCGAUGACAUUUUGCGCUUCGGUACGGAGGAACUGUUCAAGGAAGAGGAGGGCAAGGAGGAUGAAGCUAUACACUACGACGAUAAGGCUGUUGCCGAAUUAUUGGACAGAAGUAAGGAGGGUAUCGAGCAGAAGGAGAAUUGGGCCAACGAGUACUUAAGUUCCUUCAAGGUCGCCUCGUACGUGACGAAGGAAGGUGAAACGGAGGAGGAGGCGGACACGGAAAUAAUUAAGCAAGAGGCCGAGAAUACCGAUCCGGCAUAUUGGAUCAAGCUGCUCAGACAUCAUUACGAGCAGCAACAGGAGGAUAUUGCUAGAACACUCGGAAAAGGCAAACGAGUGCGUAAACAAGUUAACUACACCGAUGGCGGUGUGACCGGCGAUCAAGGCGCGAGAGAUGAUCAGCCGUGGCAGGAGAAUCUAUCUGAUUAUAAUAGCGACUUCAGUGCGCCCAGCGACGACGACAAGGAGGAUGAUGAUUUCGACGAGAAGGGCGAUGGAGACUUAUUGUCUCGUAGAAGUAGACGAAGACUGGAGAGACGCGACGAAAAGGACAGACCUUUGCCGCCUCUGCUUGCCAGAGUAAACGGAAAUAUCGAGGUGCUAGGUUUUAAUGCCAGACAGAGGAAGGCAUUCCUCAAUGCAAUUAUGCGCUAUGGAAUGCCGCCACAAGACGCUUUCAACUCUCAAUGGUUGGUACGUGAUCUGCGCGGAAAGUCCGAGAAGAAUUUCAAAGCCUACGUUUCGCUCUUCAUGCGACACCUCUGCGAACCAGGUGCCGACAAUGCGGAAACGUUCGCAGACGGCGUUCCUCGAGAAGGUCUCAGUCGACAGCACGUACUCACAAGAAUCGGUGUGAUGUCCUUGAUUAGGAAGAAGGUUCAAGAAUUUGAACACAUUAAUGGCUAUUAUUCGAUGCCGGAGAUGAUACGAAAACCGAUAGAACCCAUCAAGCCGGAAGGAACCGGGGAAGCAGCGACUGGUACCAGCAGCACUAGUGCUACACCUGCCACUUCGAAUGCUCCCAGUCCUAGUCCUGCUGCCACGCCGACUCCGACUUCGACUGCCGGUGCCGCCAUCGAAGCCAGCAAGACGAAUUCCGAUGCAUCUGACGCUAAAGAAUCUAAAGAUGAAUCGAAGGAUAAGGAGGGUGGCGACGCGAAGGAUUCGAAAGAAGACUCGAAGAAUUCUAAAGAAGAUGACGAAGGAAAUUCUGAAAAGGACAAGGAGAAGGAAGAUAUUAAGAAAGAGGAAAAGGACGGCGAGACGGAAUCCGCAGAAAAGGAGAAGGACAAAGCCGAUGUGAAGGACGAGAAAGCAGCAGCGGCGAAACACGACGAUAAAGCAGAGAAUAGUGAGAAUAAGAAGACCGAACCAGAAGAAGAUGUCGUUAUUGUGAAGGACGACGAGGAGGAAACAGAGAAGCGAGAGGAGAAAGAUAACAAAGAAAAGGACGUAAAGGACUCUGAAGAUGUAGUGAAGCCUAAGCGUAAGUUCAUGUUCAACAUAGCCGAUGGUGGAUUCACGGAAUUACACACGCUCUGGCUGAACGAAGAGAAGGCCGCCGUGCCGGGCCGUGAAUACGAUAUCUGGCAUCGUCGCCAUGAUUAUUGGCUCUUGGCUGGUAUCGUCACGCACGGCUACGGGCGAUGGCAGGAUAUACAAAAUGAUAUUAGGUUUGCUAUAAUUAACGAGCCAUUCAAGAUGGACAUGGGAAAAGGCAAUUUCUUGGAGAUAAAGAACAAGUUUCUAGCGAGACGUUUCAAGCUCUUAGAACAGGCGUUAGUGAUCGAGGAGCAGUUAAGGCGAGCCGCUUACCUAAACCUUACGCAGGAUCCCAAUCAUCCUGCCAUGAGUUUGAAUGCGCGAUUCGCCGAAGUCGAGUGUCUCGCCGAAUCCCAUCAGCAUCUUAGCAAGGAGAGCCUUGCGGGCAACAAACCGGCGAAUGCGGUGUUGCACAAGGUAUUGAAUCAGCUGGAAGAGCUCUUGUCCGACAUGAAGUCAGACGUGAGCCGUUUGCCGGCGACAUUGGCGCGCAUUCCACCGGUUGCUCAGAGACUCCAGAUGUCUGAGAGAUCAAUACUGAGUCGAUUGGCGGCCACGGCACCCGGCGGAAGCAGCUCUCAGACAGGCCAGGCCGCACUACUGGCGCAGCAAUUUCCAGCUGGCUUCUCCGGCGGACAAUUGCCGGCCACUUUCGCGGGCGCCGCCAAUUUCGGAAACUUUCGACCACAAUACUCAGUACCAGGGCAACCACCGCAGGGUUUCACAGCCUGAAUAUUAAGUGCUGGAACACAAUGGCUCAAACAAGGACUCAAAAUAGCGCAAAUUGAACUGUCCCGCGAGAAUCGUUUGCGCUCUAACAUUAUUUUUCGUAAAUUACAGUUUUUAGCUGAAUUUUUCUAGAAAAUGAAUACGACGAGAUUUCCAAGCAAUGACGUAAUAUUUUACAAAUCGAGUUGCAUUACUUCUGUAUUUAUUACGUGUACAUUCGGCAUCUAGAUUCAAGAUUUUCACGUUUCUCUGUAUUUAUAUAUGCGCGUUCUUUAUAAGAAAGCGACGUAGAUUAUUUUCUUAAGUAUCUUUUAAGGAUAUGAUUUGCGUUUAACGUAUGCAGUAACAACUUCAUUAUUUACUUAAGUCUAUUUAAGACCUUUUUUAGUUUAAUGCAAAUUUUCAUCUCGUCACUUUAAAGACAUCAGUCCACGAGAUGUUACUUGUAAUUUAUUCACGAAAUUCGCAACAAUAGGUUAUGCGCAAGCGGUAAACUAUUAGAGCAUCCACGAUACUUCAGGGCCUGUGAUUCAUUUCGAAUUCGUACGUUCACGGAGAUUCAGUGAACAACGGCAAUCAUUUUAGGUCAAGACUGACGUUCGACAAUGCAGCUGAAUCUUAUCAUGUGAUGUACUAUUGUAAUGCAUGGGUAUAAUUUCGAUACAAUGCAGAAAUUCUUCGAAAUCUUGUUUUUUAUAUUUGUAUCGGAGGAUAUCGGAGAGUUGUUUUGAAGAAAAGAAAAAAAAUAGAUUGUGUAUGCCUAGACGACGCCCUCUUUUUAUUUUUAUUUUUUACUUACUGUUAAUUUUUGAAUACAUUUGUGUUACUUGUAAGAAAGAAAAUACGUUUAUUGCUUUCAAAUUUUUUUUCAAUGUUAAUAAGAACUACAUUAGUGCAUUUUGACGUUCGUAUAGUUCGAAAACGAAUCUAGAAGCUGUCUUUACUCUGUAUACAUCAAUAAUAUCUGUACAUAUUGUCAUCGUAUUUAUAUAAAAAAGAAAAAAAAAAAGCAUUCGGUAAUACAAUUCAUAUUAAACUUGUAAAUUGAGAAACACCAGCCGUGCCCCAUGCAUUACUUUAGAAUGAACGAACGCAAUCAUAACAAAUUAUUAAGAUCUUAAAUAAGCAUAUGUAUUGUUCACAGUCUUUUCUACCCUGUUUCAAGGAUUAGAAUCAUUUUAUUUUCUCGUUAAUGAACUUGCCAAAUCAUUGCUUUUGGCAUAGCUAAGUUUCUAAGAUUAGUUUAGAGUUUAGCUAUGGAAUUUGAAGAACGACUUGAAAAAAGCGAAUGAAUGAAAUAUUACUAUAAAAAAAAAAAAGGAAUCGUUUGUGUAUGUACUAGAUUUACUGGAAUAAAUUAAUAAUAAUUAAAAGUGUA